AUGACAUCCUCACCCAACCCCCCAAUCCUCCACAUAUCAUGCCACUGCACCCUUACAACCCACACCCUCCCCCUCCCUCCCACCCUCCUCCCCCUCAAAACCUCCCUCUGCAACUGCAACAUCUCCCGCCGCAUCUCGGGAUCCCUCCUAACAUCCUACAUCGACCUCACCCCUCCCCCUCCCCACAACCAAGACGUCCAUGUUUCUAAACCAGACGUCUCAGCCCUAACGCCCUACCGCAGCUCCUCCAUCCUGACGCGCUGGUUCUGCGGCACGUGCGGCACGCACAUGUUUCUGGAGUACGACUUCGACGGGCACUUUGAAGCUGCGACGGGGGCGGUGAGGGUGGAAGGAAGGGAGGGUACGGAUGGCGUUGUGAGGGUGGAGGCCGUGAUGUGGAUUGGCGACACGGUAGACGGGGGCGCGGGGAGGUUUAUCAAGAGUGUUGAUGGGAGGGUUUUGCGGCGGUUUUUGGAAGGAUCCACGGACGAGGAGGGUGGUGGUGAUGUACCGCCGGAUUGGACGUCGUCUUCACGGCGCCAGGAGGUGCCCGAGGGGAAGGGGGAGGAAGCAGUGCACGCGAGGUGUCACUGCGGGGGCGUGGAGUUCUGGGUCACGCCUCCGAAUGCAGCGUCCCGUGAAGCGCGGUCCCCGUAUCCGGAUCUCCUGGUUCCGUACAAUUCGAGGAAGAGCGCGGAGAAUCCGGGGAAUGAGGCGUGGUGGUUGCCGGGGGAGGGGAGGUAUCUGGCGGGUACGUGUGCGUGCGAGUCGUGUCGACGGGUGUCGGGGUUUGAUGUCACGUUCUGGGCGUUCGUGCCGACGUGUAAUAUCUUUCAGGAUGAGGCGUGCACUGUGCCGUUUACGAGACGGCCGUAUUGGGGGAGUAUGAAGGUGUAUGAGAGCUCCAAGGGGGUGACGAGGACGUUUUGUGGGACCUGCGGGGCGAAUGUGUUUUGGGACGGGGAGGGGAGAGAUGGGCUUGUGGAUGUUGCUGUUGGACUGCUGGAUGCGAAGAGUGGCGCGAGGGCGGAGGAGAUAUUGUCUUGGUGUACUGAGCGAGUGAGCUUCGCUGAGGAGGCGUUGAAUAAGGGUUUGAUAAGGGGUUUGCAGGAAGGUCUACAGAGUUGGGGUAGUCGACAUGAUGAAGGAUAA